UGAAUAAUACUAGAUCAAGGAGAUCCGUGAGAAGCUCAAAGAUUUGAAAGAGGACAUUGGAGCUAAAGCGAAGGAGCUUCUUGAAAAAAUCAAGGAAAAGGCCAAGGAUUACUGGAAAAAGGUCCUGGAGAAACUAGGAAUGGACAAGCGUUCUGCUGAUUUUCACGCUGAGCAAAUGUUCGAAGCUAAUGAUGAACCACAAACAGAACUGGGAAAAAAGCUGCAAGAAGAAUUCGAGAAAGUUCUUGAAAAAAUAAAGGAUCUUGUUGAAAAAGGGAAAGUCGUCAAAGAAAAUUAUAUAGAGAAGCUUAAAGAAAUUCGUGAACAGCUGAAGGACUUGAAACUUGAUCUGAGCAAAAAGGCAAAGGAAGCAAUCGAGAAGCUGAAAGAAAAAGCAAAGAACUACUGGAACAAAAUUCUUGAGAAACUAAAGCCCGAGAAACGCUCUUUGGAAAUGGAGUUUUAUGCUGAUGACAAUGAAAAUCCCAAAACUGAAUUGGGCAAGAGACUUAGAGGGCACUUGGAUAAGUUUCUAGAGAUUGUGAAGGACGCCAUUGACCACGGCAAAACUGUCAAGGAGAGUACAAUUGAAAAAAUUAAGGAACUGAGGGAAAGACUCAGGGAGCUGAAGGAAGACAUCGGACAACAUGCAAAAGAACUGUUGCAGCAAAUUAAGGAAAAAGCAAAAGACUAUUUCAAGAAACUCUGGGAAAGACUUGGCUUCAAUAAGAAAGAUGCCGAACUGCAAGCUGAAUUGUUUGCUGAAGAAUUAGAAGCUGAAGAAGGUGGUGGCCGUUUUAUACAGCGAUUGAAGGAAAGGUUUAACAAACUUGUUGAACAAAUAAAGGACGCAAUGGCGAAUGGAAAAUCAUUCGACAGACCACUGGAAAAGCUGAAGGAACUUCGCGAAAAACUGAAGAAUAUUAGCAUUGGAGGAAAAGGCAAAGAAUUUCUCGAGAAAUUAAAGGGGAAAAUUGAAGAUUUUUUCAGAACUUUCAAGGACAAAAUCGGCGCUAGCUCCGUUGCUGAAGCUGAUUUCAACAUCCUCGAUAUGUUCAGGAAACUUAAGCAGCUUAUCAAGGACAAAGUUGACCCUGAAGAGUUAAAAGCAAAGGUGGAGAAAAUAUUUGGCAAAGGAAGCGAGCUAGCAGAACAAUUCAUUAAUGCUCUGAAAGAGAAAGGCGAAAAAGGAAAGAACAAGAUCUUGGAAAUUAUCGAUCGCAUUCUGGGAGACAAAGAAUCCAAAAGGUCCGUAAAGGAUGUCUAUGAAAAGCUGAAGAACUAUUUCAAAGACCUGAAUAUCGAACUCAAGGAAAACUUCUCAAGAUUCGGAGAGUGGGUGAGAGACCAGUACGGAAAAGUUUUGGAGAAAGGCAAAGACAGAGUUGAGACAGUUAAAAAGAUCGCUCGAGAGUUCUUGGAAGAUACCAGGCUAAUAAGCAAGGAUAUUGCCAGGGAAGCGAGAGAUUUCCUUAAGGAAUAUAAAGACGACUUGGGACGUGUCUAUGAUGACAUCCGAGAGAAAGUGAGAGAAAUCUUGAACAGAAAAGAGUAAAAUAAAAUAAAGGACUUUUACCUCUCAUUUUCUAUAACUCUGUUUUAUGAAAUUGUUAAAUGUUUUCCUUGUAAAAAGCCAGCAAUAAAUUCCCAAAUUUCUAGUCAAGCA